CUGCGGGCGCCGGCAGGGCGGGCGGCGGCGGGCGCCACGUCGGCAGCGGGGACGGGCGGACGAGUGAAGUCUGAGCGGAGCCCGGGCUGAGCGAGCCGUGACCGCCGCGCGGUGUAUGCAGAAUACUUUUGUGGAAACAACUAACUAGAAAUCUUCACAAAGGAAUAUAUUUGCAGGAAGUGCAAACAGGAACCUCUUUAGGAUACACUGCAGUCUUCCUGUGAUCAGGGGGCUCUGAUAUAAAGUGGGACAUAGGAGCCUGGAUCUUAAUUGACAAAGGAGGCAUUGAAUUGUAGGCAAUAAUGAAUCAAACGGACAAAAAUCAACAGGAAGUCCCAUCCUACCUUCAUGAUGAACCACCAGAAGGUUCACUAAAAGACCACCCGCAGCAGCAGCCUGGGGUGCUUUCUCGUGUGACUGGUGGCCUCUUCAGUGUCACAAAAGGAGCUGUUGGUGCCACAAUUGGGGGUGUUGCUUGGAUUGGAGGGAAGAGCUUGGAAAUUACCAAAACAGCGGUCACAUCUGUGCCUUCAGUGGGAGUGGGUCUAGUCAAAGGAAGUGUUUCUGCUGUAGCUGGAGGCGUUACAGCUGUAGGAUCUGCUGUUGCAAGUAAAGUGCCUUUAACAGGAAAGAAAAAAGAUAAAUCUGACUAAAACCAAAACUGAGACGUACUCAAUUCUCCAAUUACAUCAGUGGCAUUAAAAUCUGCUAAGAUUGGGACCAUGAGAAGCCAUGUGUCUUAGACACUUUAUCUUCCAACGAGUUGUGCAAGUAACUCGAUUUCAUCUGAAAAGGACAGAAGAAGCUUGGUUAGCACAGCGUAAGAAGAUUUAUUAGAGCCUAGAUUGAAGCUUUGUAUCUGGUGAAAUGUUACACUUGAUAACUAUAGAAGUGAGUAAGUGUAUCUGAAGGAAUAAUACAUAUUUGAAUAUUCAUUUACUGUAAGUCUUCUGCAGUUUUGGACUAAAAUGUGAACAUAGAAACCUGGUCAUCUCUGCUGUACCAUUGAUACAAUGAGAUGCCAAUUCCUGUUCUCAGUGGUUUCCACAUGCUCCUGCUAAGGAUCCUUCAGCUGUGUGAAGGCAUUGUUGGAUAUACCCAAACAGUCUUGGUUAUGAACCUGUAUUUUUAGGCAGCCUGUAAACUAUCCCUGACAACAUUCCGCCAGUGCAGACUGGAGCAAAUAGAACUGAAAGUGUGCAGAAAUUGGAAAUGAGUGGGAGAUAGAAGUGAAAAAGAUUGACAACAUGGUAGAAGAGAUCACAAAGAGUUAACUAACUUAAUGCCUUAUUAGAAAAAAUAUCUUUACUAGGUGAAGCUGUGUAAAGAACUGUCCUGUCAUUUCAGUGCAGUUCACAGAAUGAGCUUUAGACUCUUUACAAAUCCUGAUAUCUGAAGCUUUUUGUCAGUUUUUACUGAAAAUAUUAUUGCUCCAUCUCAGGUGUAUUUAAUGAUAUUCAUCUAUCUCCUGCAAGUGAAAACUUGCUUCUAAUAAACUUUUUAUAGACACUAGAAAAAAAGAUGGCUUAAUGGAAACUGGGCUGAUGUUUGUGGCUAUCUAGCACAACUGUCUUACUUGCUGGAAAUUCCUUUGUAUAGUUGGAAACCACUGAAGAAUUAGCAAAGCUGUUGUCUCAACUCCAUGAUGUGCCAGGUUGGCUUCUUGCUCUGUUCAAGCAAAUGCAAGGAAUUUUUCACUACAUCUCUUUCUCAUACUUUACAUUUUGAUUUUUGAGUAAAAUGUAAUACUUUUAUUUAAAACAAACCAAAAAAGGUAGAUGAGGCCUUAAAAAAAAAAGAGAAAGAAACAUCAUUCCAGUAAUUUGUAUACUGACAGAUUCCAAAUAUUGACACACCUCAAAUGGGAACAUCUGUAGGUCCUCUGCAACGUGUGAGGCAAAAUGCACUUGUAAAGACACAGCUUGAGGUUGCCUUAAAAUAGAAGCUGUUGAUGAUCUUUUAUUUGUGUACUGACUUUGCAAAUAAGUAACCUCUUUAGAAGCCCAUAGAAGGUGUCUGUUCAUGUCAUGUAUGCAGUAUUUUCUACAAACUUGUGUUCCUAUGGAGAACUUGUAAGCUUACUUUUCCAGUGUCUGUGGUUGUACUAGAAGGAUAUAUGGGGAGACUUUUUAAAAAUGAAAAAAAAAAAGAAACAUAUCGCUCGUCUAAAACUUAGUCCUCUGUUCGUGGUUGUCAAAUGUACACUAUGUCUAAAUUAUGGUACAGUAGUCACCCAAUCUCUCUGAGCCAUUGGUACUUCAGCUGCACUCUGUAACUAACAACUUUAUUUUAUAUCAGUAAUUGUGGGUGUUGGAAGCAUGAUACUCAUAAGCAUGGGAACUUGGGGUGCUGGGAAGAGCAUCUGCCCCUUCUGUUAGAUGCACCAGCUGCUUAGUUCUGAUCUGCUGCAAGGGUGUAACAAGGUAAGUUUAUGCAACAACCUGAAGAGUUCAACUGGCUUUUAUAGUCAAAAGCUAAUUGCAUAGAGUGUAGUAUGGUUUAAGGGUACCAGUUAGCUCUAGAAAUGAGCUAGCCUGGGUAUCCAAGGCAAUCUAGCUGCAGCAUAUAAUUUAGUAUGGUCUGCUCCUCUGCAGUUUCCAAUGUAGCCAUAUCCCCAGAGUGCUGCCACUGAACUCGUAAGAGCCACAGUGGUAUUUGUGACACCAAACUAAACCCUUCCUGAUAGUUUUCUGAAAACAUGAAUGUUGAACUGAUCAUACCCAUUUUUUUAAAUUAUAUUCUUUAAUUGUUAAACUAUGAAACUUGCAGCAAAACAAGUGUGGUCUGAGAUAAACAAUGUUAGAUCUGUAAAGAGCUGCCGACACUUCAUUAUGUUUUGUUCAUAACAUAUCCUGUAGCUAUUGCUUCUGAGUCUUGUAACUGAAACACUUACAUGGCAUAUGGUUUUAGUUUUCAAAGAGCUUUGUCCUAUAUCCUGUGUAUUUUCCAUUCACUUACGAAAUUUGCUUGAUCUUAAGAACUUGGCCCGAUUCUGUCCUGGCACUUGUGAAACAUUAAAUUGUUGCCGUUUCAGACA